UGAUAUAGGAAUUUGGAACAAAAAUCGAGAACAUUAAAUAAAACAAAUGGCAUAAAGUCCAAGCAUAGUGUAGAAGGCCGGCCAUGGAACAGCUCACUGCUCACCCAAUGCAGGACCUCGUCAAUCCCUCCUCCUCAAGGAGCCUUUUGUCUCUUUUAGCUGCCCUUUUACGUAUUAUUCCUCAGCAUUCCCUCUUCUCCACACGCUGCAUUGCCCUUAACACCCUCUUUCUAUCGUAGAAGAGAUCGGAGCCGGUGAAUAUGGCGUGCAGUAGACUGAACGAUUGGGCAUUUCUCAUGGCUUGCCUGACCAUAUGCUUUCCCGUGGUGUGGUCGAAUCUGGAUGAAUCCCAAGUGCUCAUCAAGUUCAAGAACUCUCUCUCCGAUGCUGAGUCGGCUUUAAGUGGUUGGACCGAGUCGACUGACCCAUGCAGUUGGGUGGGAGUUCGUUGCAUGAAAGGGAAUGUAUCAGUGCUUCAACUUGAGAGCAUGGGCCUCACAGGCACAAUAGACAUGGAUUCACUCUCGGACUUAUGUUCCUUGCGAAGUUUGAGCGUUGUGAAUAAUAGCUUUGAUGGUCUGUUGCCUGAUAUCAAGAAGCUUGUGAAUUUGAAAAAUCUGUACCUGGCGCGGAACCAGUUCUCCGGUAAGAUUUCAGACGAUGCAUUCGAAGGCAUGCUGACAUUGAAGGUAGUAUACUUGGGGCAGAACCAGUUUACAGAUGAGAUCCCAAAGUCCCUUGUAAAAUUGCCGAGAUUGGUGAACUUGAGCCUCGAGGAUAACCAAUUCAAAGGCAGGAUUCCGGAAUUUCAUCAGAUGGAGCUGCAAAUGGUGAAUGUAGCCAACAACCAAUUCGUGGGUCCAAUUCCUAAGAGCCUCAGCAAGAUGAGCCCAAGUUUCUUCGCUGGGAACAAAGGUUUAUGUGGGAAGCCUCUCAACGCCUGCAAAUCAAACAAGAAGCUAGUCAUAAUGAUAGCUAUCGCGGUCAUCUUGGUAGUGGCAUUAGGUGCUCUAAUCGGUGUCUAUUAUUUGAAAAGAUCAAAGGCGAACCAAGCACCUUCAAAGAGCACGUUCAGAAGUUCUUGCAAUGAUCGCACUCUAGCAGGUGUGGUAGAGGGUGAGGGGGAAGAAAGAGUGGUUGCUGCAAAAAGAGAUAACCACGGGAAGCUGUGCUUCGUAAGGACGGACAGGGCGGGCAGGUUUGAGCUGCAGAAGCUGCUGAGGGCCUCUGCUGAACUCCUCAGAAGUGGUAGUUUCGGGUCAUCGUACAAGGCAGUGCUCCAGGGUGGCCCGGCCAUGGUGGUGAGGAGGUUUAGACACAUGAACAAUGUUGGCAAGGAGGAGUUUUACCAGCACAUGAGAAGGCUUGGUGCUCUGUCUCACCCUAACUUGCUUCCUCUUGUGGCAUUCUACUACCGGAAGGAUGAGAAGCUCUUGCUCUCCGAUUUCAUCCCAAAUGGCAGCUUAGCUAGCCAUCUACAUGCGAAUCGUAGCCCGACGCAACCAGGACUCGACUGGCCCACUAGGGUGAAGAUCAUCAAAGGAGUUUGUAAGGGAUUGUCUUACCUCUAUAAAGAGCUCUCCAACCUCACCCUUCCCCACGGCCACCUCAAGUCAUCAAACGUUCUGCUCGACCACCAGUUUAACCCCAUACUGUCGGACUAUGCACUCGUGCCGGUGGUUAACAAGGACCACGCUCAUCAGUGCUUAGUGGCCUACAAGUCACCUGAGUUCGAGCAGAGGGACCGCACCACGAGGAAGACAGAUGUGUGGAGCUUGGGGAUACUGAUACUCGAGCUCCUAACAGGGAAAUUCCCAGCCAACUACCUGAGGCAGGAGAAGGUCAGGGGCAAUGCUGACCUGGCCACAUGGGUGAGCUCCGUGGUCAGGGAGGAGUGGACAGGCGAGGUAUUCGACAAGGACAUGCGCGGGACGAGGAACAGGGAGGGAGAGAUGCUGAAACUCCUCAAGAUCGCAAUGUGCUGCUGCGAGUGGAACCCUGAAAGGAGGUGGGACCUGAGGGAGGCUGCCGAGAAAAUCGCCGCGCUGAAGGAGAGGGACCCGGACGAAGACUUCUCAUCGUAUGCCAGCGAUGACUUUCACUCUUCCAGGGCCAUGACUGAUGAUGACUUCUCUUUCUCGGUUAACCAUGGCUGAUGCGUUCGACGUUUGCACAAAUGAGAUAUAUCAUGAGCUAGAGUGUAUAAAUGAUCAUGACUGAAAAUGUCGAGAUGAUCUCUUUUACUGAAUUUUUGUUAAUUACGAAUUUUAAUAAUGUAGUAACCUGUUCAUAGCAAU